ACCUUCAAUCCUUCAGUCUUUACUGGCCUUCACGGGUCCUGACUCUCUUUCGUUUUUCAACAUCUGAUAAUUUGUCUCCAACAAACUUCUACACAUCCAAAGCCACUUCAUUUUUAUUAUAUUCUGCUCCUACUAUUGUUUCUUUGUCCUCAGCUGCUGCCUGCUGCACCAUAGUCCAAACCAUGUCUUCUUCUUGUUCUUCUCCUUCUUCUUCUUGGUUUACAUUGACAUCUUGUUUGACCAUUUUCUUCCUGCUUAGUACUUCUGCAAGUUUUGCAGCAAAACCUCACCGCCAACUCUCAGUUGAUUACUAUGCGAAAUCAUGUCCCCAACUCGAAAAACUCAUCGGGUCCAUCACAUCCCAACAGUUCAAAGAAGCACCAGUUUCUGGUCCAGCAACCAUUCGCCUUUUCUUCCAUGACUGCUUUGUAGAAGGCUGUGAUGCGUCCAUAACCAUAAAGUCACAGCAGGGGAGCAAGGUGUUGGCAGAGAGGGAUGCACCAGAUAAUAAGGACCUGAGGGAGGAAGGCUUUGAAAGUGUGAGGAAAGCAAAGGCUUUGGUAGAAAGCAAGUGUCCUGGUGUUGUGUCUUGUGCUGACAUACUUGCAAUUGAAGCCAGAGAUUAUGUCCACUUGGCAGGGGGUCCAUACUAUCAAGUUAAGAAAGGAAGGUGGGAUGGAAGAAUAUCAAUGGCCUCAAGAGUGGCUUCCAAUAUUCCCCAAGCAAAUUUCACAGUGAAUCAGCUACUCAAACUCUUCAAUUCAAAAGGACUAACACUUGAAGACCUUGUUGUUCUUUCUGGUGCUCAUACAUUCGGGUAUGCACAUUGCCAGAACUUCGUAAGCAGGCUCUAUGACUACAGGGGCUCGAAGCAGCCUGACCCGGUUAUGGACCCGAGGCUCCAGAGGGCGCUAAGAAUGUCAUGCCCACAUUAUGGUGGGAAUCCUGACAUUGUUGCACCAUUUGAUGUCACUACUCCCUUUGUGUUUGAUCAUGCCUAUUAUGGUAAUUUAGUGGCUAAGUUGGGCUUGCUAGCUUCAGACCAAGCUUUAGCUUUGGACCCAAGAACCAAACCCAUUGUUCAAGCACUUGCAAAAGAUAAAGCGAAGUUUUUCCAAGCUUUUGGGGUGGCUAUGGAGAAAAUGGGCUCAAUAGGUGUGAAGAGGGGAAGAAAACAUGGUGAGAGAAGAAAAGACUGUAGUAUGCAUAUGUGAAUAUGUGACUUUGUUUUCCCUUAGGGUCAGUUUAGAUAGUUUUCUCGUCUUUUAAUUCAUUGUUCUUUUGAUUUGUUUUUGGUGAUUGUGGUUUUUCUGUACAUGAAAGAUUUUAUGAAUGUUUGAAGAGUUGAAACAGUUGAGGAGAAUCAUUUUAGAACAUAAUGUGUGACACUAUA